AUGUCAAAUGUAUCCGCAAAUUUACCAGUAAAGAAGAUGUAUGGAAAAAAAGUUUUUAUAUGUACUUGCAUCUUUACAGCAGCAACUAUAGCAUUUGUUAUGUGGGAUGAAAAGCAACAGAGAGAAAGACGUCAAGUUUCAGUAAAAUAUAGAAUGUUAAAUAUUCAACAACAAAAUAAUAUGAAUGAAUAUGAAUUACAAAAACAAAAAUAUCAAGAAUACAAGGCAAAUAAUUCAUAA